GCAGCAUAUAGAUGUAGUUGUAGCUUUUAAAUACCCAAAGUGAUCAGUGGAACUUGGACAGUUGGAGGAGUACAAGGUCCCUUGAUAAAUGUGGAAGCAGUCAUGCUCUGAAGGGUGCGAAGAAUUGAGAUGGGUCAUCGCUGCUGCAGCAAACAGAAAGUUAAAAGAGGGUUGUGGUCUCCUGAAGAAGAUGAAAAGCUUAUCAGAUACAUCACUGCCCAUGGCCAUGGCAGUUGGAGUUCUGUUCCAAAACUUGCAGGCUUGCAGAGAUGUGGAAAGAGUUGCAGAUUGAGAUGGAUUAACUACUUGAGACCAGAACUCAAGAGGGGUUCUUUUUCUGCACAAGAAGAACAGAUCAUCAUUGAUGUCCACAGAAUUUUAGGCAACAGAUGGGCUCAGAUAGCUAAGCAUCUACCUGGGAGAACAGACAAUGAGGUGAAGAAUUUCUGGAACUCCUGCAUUAAGAAGAAGCUGAUUUCACAAGGUUUGGAUCCAAAGACUCACAAUCUGAUCUCUUCUCAUCAGAGAAACACCUCUAAUAAGGUUGUCUGCAGUCUACCCCAACCCCAUCAACAACCCUUCCCGGUUUUCACUGUAAACCAACAGAUGACAGAUGAUGCUUCCAUGGAGGUGAACCGUCUCCCUCCUUUCGUUACACUACCACCUCUUCCUCCUACCCAACCCUCAUUGCAGCAAACCAUGGCCAUACCCAACUCUGAAUAUCAAAACCCCAAUCCCGUUUGGACUGCUAAAGAUCAGAGCUCUCAAUAUACAAUCAGUUUCCCCUGUGGAUCUUCCAUUGGAAGCACACCCAUUAUUUCUUCAUCAUCUUCUUCUUCUGUAAACCCAUUUGGCUUUGGUUUCUUAGACGAAAAUUUGAUCUGGAAUGCUCAUGUUGAACCUCUUGAAGGUCCAAGACUGGAACAAGUGCAAACACAUCAAUACCAAGAUCAACAUGACCAACAGAAGAACAAGAUUAAUAUCGGUGAAAUGGGAAAUGAUCAUGAACAAAAGUGUGGUCAGGACAUUGAUGUCUCAUUUGACAGCUCAAGUUUUGAUCUUGAGUUCGUUGAGUCUACACUUCUGUCUGGCGCAAUUUGUCGUGAUCUAACCUCUAUGGAUGAUCUUGCAUGGAAUUUUUGAGGCCUUGUCACAUGUAUACUACUAGGUCUUUCUAAGGAUGUUCAUUGAAAAAACUUCACAAUGGUGGGCCUCGUCUUGCUUCACUAGAAUACAUAGCUCUCCCAUUACAAUGAUUUACUGGCUAGGAGAUCAAUCUCCCUGCAUUUUUGUGCAUAUCAUCUCUUUGAUUACAAUGAUUUACUGGUUUGAAAAUGCAUUUUGCAACCCGGUCCCUUCACAAUUCCUGCUAUACAUGUAUGCAACAAAAUAAUGUUUGGUUGUAGAGCUAUAUGCUACUGAUUACUCUCAUAAUUAUAGAAUUGGUGAUGUAGUACA